AUGUUAGCGGUUGCAUCACUUAAACGUUCAUUAGAAUUCGAUCCUGUUGAACAAGGUGUUAAACGUAAACGGGCCGAAAUAAAAUUAUCACCAACACCAUUUACAUUAAAUAAUAAUAAUUCAACAUCUCCUUCGAAACAACAACAACAACAAUCAAUACUUACAUCAUCAUCAUCAUCAUCAUCAUCUGAUAAAAAACAACUAUUAAAAUCAUCUUCCCUUACCACUUUACCACCACCAUCAUCAGCUGAUGAUACUCCAAUGUUUACUUAUAUUCAAACAGCUCAAAUGUGUGCUCGUCUUUUACGCGAACAAGAUAAAUCAAUACGUGAACAGUAUGAACAACUAUUAACGGCAAAAUAUAAUGAACAAUAUGAACAAUUUGUGAGAUAUUCACAUGAUAAUGUUCAUAGAAAUUCAUCACAACAAAAACUAUUUCAUUUUGGUCAACAACAAGAAUCGGAUAAUACAUCCAUCGCUGAUUUUUCUUAUAUUUCAUGA